CGGUGAGCUACUAUGUCCUCUCGCGGUCUUUUAUCUUCAUGUAGGCGACACACAACCGCGUCGUUCUACCGCGGUCUCGCCACGGAAGCACCCCUCUCCAGCUCUGCCUCUCCACCCCCUCCCUCCCCUAGCACCCGCCCACGCAAACCCCCAAAACCCACCCUCCACACAUCCCUAAUUCUGAACCGAUCCCCCCUGCUCACCAAAACACCCACGACAUUCGAACGCGCGUACUACGCCUACCAAGCCCGCAUCCAGCGCGCACUGCACAAUCCCUUCCCGUACGACUUUUAUUUCAAGCCCGGGUCGCUGCUCGAGUCGAAGUUCAAUUUACAAGAGCGGUAUCGCGAGCGGAGGAUGUUUGGUAGGGGGUUCGGUGCGGAUGGGAAGGAUGCGCCGGGAAGUGGGGUGUCGAAUGAGGAUGUGAGGAAGAUGGGGCAGGAGGAGGACGAGACGGUGUUGGGGAGGUGGCAUGAGGCGGAUGAGAAGGGGGAUGUGAAGAGUUUGGAUAGGUUUGGGCAGAGGAAUUUGUAUCUUGUUGUGAGGAGUAAGGGCCAACAAGACGGCAAGGAGGUUUGGAAGUUCCCGGAGGGAGAGAUGCGGCCUGGGGAGCUGUUGCAUGAGGCUGCGCAACGUGAUAUGGACGAGCAGCUUGGUGUCAACAUGGAUAGCUGGCUCGUCAGUCGAGUGCCCAUCGGCCUUUACGAGCGUUACUCCUCAACACCGUCCACGAACCCCCAGGCUCUUCACAAAACCUGCGUCUUCUUCUACAAAGCGCACAUCCUCUCCGGUCAAGUCCACCCGAAACCCGAGUUACAUUCCGAUUUCGCCUGGCUCGUGAAAGAGGAGAUCGAAAAGCGGGUAGAGGCAGAGUAUUGGACGGGUGUGAAGGAUAUGUUGUCCGACUUCUAGAGUCCGUCCGUUAGCCGUGCAUCGUCUUUUACAUAUCGCUAUUCCUGCCCUUUUCACCUAAUACAGUGCAAUAUUAUUGUUCC